GUACACUGCAGAGAGAUACCUCAAAAUAACUUUAAGCAGCAGAGAGGUCAAGGAUUAAUUGGGAAAUUUAUACUGUUCAUGCCAUUUCAUCCAUGCACAAUAAAGAUCCACGGACCUUCACACACCCGAGCGGCUGUUUUCUGAAUAAGGGCUUUGGAAAACAGAAAGCCUGUGGGAGAGACACAGGGAAGAGGAUAGUGAGAGAGGAAGCCGACAAAACAGAUCAGACGAGCUACAAUAUGAAAUUCUUCUCUGCCUAUUACUUGCUGCCUCUCCUUCCUGUUCUGGUGUUCAGCACUAGACAGGGCUACGAAGAAUUGGAAAGACAACUGAAAGAAGUUUUUAAGGAAAGAAGCAACAUCCUCCGUCAACUGUCAAAGACAUCAAAAGAACUUGAGGGAAUUAAAGUAAAUCUCCAGUCUUUGAAAAAUGAUGAGGCAUCUGCCAAAAGUGAUGUGCAGAAACUUCUGGAACUGGGCCAAAAACAAAGGGAAGAAAUGAAAUCUCUCCAGGAGGCCUUUCAAAAGCAGCUUAAUGAGGCAGCUGAGAAAGCAGAAAAGCAGCAGGCAACUAUAAAUUUUCUGAAGACAGAAAUGGAGAGGAAGAGCAAAAUGAUCAGAGACCUCCAGAAUGAGAACAAAAGCCUGAAAAACAAACUUCUGUCAGGAAACAAGCUUUGUGGUAUUCAUGCAGAAGAGUCAAAAAAGAUUCAAGCCCAGCUGAAGGAGCUUCGCUAUGGGAAAAAGGAUUUGAUUUUUAAGGCACAACAGCUAACAGAUCUGGAGCAAAAACUUGCAGUUGCAAAAGAUGAACUAGAAAAGGCAGCCCUUGACAAAGAGUCUCAGCUGAAAGCUUUGAAGGAGACUGUCCAACUCUGCUUGUCUUCUGUUCUUCACAAUCAACCUCCAGCUAUGAAUAUAAUCCAUCCAAAACCAACUGAGAGGCUGACAUCCCCAGUUACAAACGGCUCAGAAGUUCCAUUUCAAGCAACAAACACUAAGCAAAGUGCAUCCACAGAGAAAGAGACCCUUCAAGUUGCCUCAGCAAAAGAAGGAAACCAAGGCAUCCAGGAGUGUGAUUCUCAGAACGUUGGCAAGAAGUGUUUGGGGACCCGUAAUAAUUCAACAUCUCACCUGAAGAUGGCAGAAACAGAUCCUAGCUUUCAGAAGUUGCGCAACCCUCCUUGGACUAAUCCUGAAGCUAAAAAAUCAGCUGAGAGAAAUGAGAAGUCUGAAGACUUGGUUAAUACAAAAGAAAAAGCACUGUAAAAAUGUCUAAGCUAUGUUUAAAAUAAUCUUCAUUUGCUAUUGUCUUCAUAUUCUUUUUAGUCCGAAGGCAUGAAAAUGUACCAGGUUUCUAAAGCAUGCAACUUUUUUCACUAUUUUAUGAAUGUUUGUAAAUUAGUCUAGGAGGUUUCAGAAAUAGAUCAAUUAGUAUCUUUCAGCAAUAAUCCAAAAUGGAUGUUCAAAGAAAUGCUUUGUAAUACAGUCCAGUUUUUUGAAACU